AUGAAAUGCAGAGAGGAAAGCAUCGUAGAAUUGACGGAGCAUCUUCAAAACUCAUGUUUGUUUAAGUCAAAAUCACCGCCUUGCCAGCCUUUGAAUGUGGUGUUCCCUUCAGAGCGUUGGGCCUCGAGUCGGCUGGGCCUGGAGCGGAUCACCACGAAGCCCUACAUCCGCAGCAACAUCAACGGCACCCAGAUCCAGCGCUACUUCAACUUCCCACUCUACUACCGCGUCGCGCGCUACGAGGACGGACACUGGACGGAGCCGUACUACGUCUGCGACGGUUUCUUCAACGGCUGGGUCAUCACCUACGCUGCGCCCUUUUUCGGCUACCUUGAGAGCAGGCAGACUCUGGACUUCAUGUGA